GCGCCCUGUGCUCUACCACUCAUUCGAGUUUUUGCAGUGAUUUAGCCUAUGCCUGACGUUUAACGUGAAGUCCAGUAGUCACACGACGAGCUGUUUUUCACAUGAUGAUAUCUCUAUGCAGCUAAAGGAACCAGUUAGACUUGAAAAUCUACAGAAAUAGAAAAUAUCUGUUCCAGAUUGCCUUUAUAAAGAACUGCUCAAAUGGAGGUGAGGUUAAAUCUACGCUUGAGACUCAUUCUCCUUGUCAUCAUUGAGGUGUUCCUGUUCUUAUCAUCAUGUGAUGGAGGAAAGAAGGAAAAUGAAGCCAUCAAGAAGAAAUGUGAUACAUGUAAAUCACUCACAGACAGCUUUAAAGAGGGUAUGGAGCGCACAGCACGUUCUAUGUAUGAUGGUGGAGAUGCAGACUGGGAGGAGAAGAAACUAGGCAGUUAUGCUACCAGUGAAAUGAGAUUUAUUGAAAUUACAGAAAGCCUUUGUGACAGCAAAGAACAUGAUUGUCACAAUCUAUUAGAGAAAGAGGAGGAAUUAUUAGAAGAAUGGUGGAAAGAACAUCUCGAGAAACCAGAGCUAUUCAAAUGGUUCUGCAUUGAAAACUAUAAAGUGUGCUGUCCUGAAAACACAUUUGGACCUGAGUGUGAAGAAUGUCCGUAUGGAGUGGAAAGGCCAUGUAAAGGAACUGGGAAAUGUCACGGCGCAGGCACUAGAGGGGGUACAGGAAAAUGCAAAUGCAAUGCUGGUUAUAAAGGAGAACUAUGUGAUAUAUGUAAGGAUGGUUACUAUCAAGUUAUGAAGAAUGAGACGCAUACAACAUGCAAAGCUUGUCAUAAAGCCUGUACAGCUCUCUGUACCAGUGGAGGACCUAAAGGAUGUAAGAAAUGUAAAGCAGGAUGGCUAUGGAAUGAUGAAACGGGAUGCCAAGAUGUGGAUGAAUGUGUUGGAGAGGAGCCACCAUGCGAAGAAGAAGAGUUCUGUGAGAACACCCAAGGAUCCUAUAAGUGUGCUGCAUGUCAUGGCUCAUGUGAUAAAUGUAUUGGAGAGGGCAAAGAUAAGUGUGUCAAAUGUAAGAAGGGCUAUGAGAUGAAAGAAGAUGGCUGUGGAGAUAUUGAUGAGUGUGAGCAAGAGAAUAUAUGUGAAGGUGAUCACAUGGCUUGCCAUAAUGUGCCAGGUAGCCAUUAUUGUGACUGUGAAGAUGGCUAUGAAAGAAUGGGCAGUGAAUGCAUAGACAAAGCACUUUUCCAAGCUAACAAUGAAACAGACCAGGCAUCUGAAGAAUCAUCUGAGAAUUUGGAAUCUACCACCACUGAAGAUGGGGAGGUUGAUGCAUCCACUGGUGAAGCAGUAUUAAUUGAUGGCAGGGAAACUCAUGAAAAAGACGCUAAUACAAAUAAAUUUGGAGAUUUAUCAAAGGAAAAUAAUGAUAUUUUAAAAGCUGGUCAGGAGAUUCCAAAUCCUCCUGAUGAUUUAAAGGAUGUGACAGAGGAAAGUACAGAAAAUAUACUAACUCAAACACCUCGUGAAGAAUUAUGAUGUCAUCUAGAUUAAGAUUUAAUUUAUUUAUUACAUAAUUUUCCAUGUCAUAAGAAUAUCUCGUUGAUGAACACUAGUGCUCAGAUUUAAAAACUUUGUUUUCUGAGAAAAAAAUUGUGUGAUCAAGAUUAUAUAUGUCACAUUGUGCCUUUAUAGAUGAUUGAAUGUGUCAUUUUCCCUUUUGAAGUUAUUUUCUGUACUUUCUGUUACACUUUGAUAUAGAUUUGUGAAAAGAGGUUUUAAGUUAUGAGGAUUUUGAGAAAACUUAGUGGCUGGUCAUCAGUACUCUAAAACUUUGGUUAUUUGGUUUGCAUGUUAAUACAAAUAAUAUUCAAGAGGCUUAUGGUUCACCAUGCAUUCAAGCACUAUUGAGUUUGAUAGCUCUAGAUCAUAUUGGGGAAAUAAUGAGAAUUAAAUAGAAAUGCGAGAAAGAGGGGUCAUUAAUUGAGUAAAGUCCUUAAAGCAAGGUGAGAAGACUUAAUGUUCUAGACACCCUGACAAUCUUUCAUUGGCAAUCCUAAUGACUUUCAAGUUUCCUUGAACAUCAAGUCUCUUAAUAUGCUUCAAGUCAUUACACCACAGUUACUACCUAGUGUCAACUCCAGUUCAAUCUUAGCUCUGCAAUCUCUCACUAUUCUCCCUUAUCCAUUUCAUCACAUGUGUUUGACUGUGUUAUCGGAUAAUGACACUUUCAUCAAACAGUCCAAAUCACAUGGUGAACUAUAUACCUCAUUGACAUGACUUCAAUGUUUGCAUGCUAUCAAGUCUCAAUGUUAACUGUUGUCCCAUUAAUGGUCUGCUUUGUUCAGAAGAUUCAAAGUUAUGUUUGCAAUCAUGCAUGCAAUAAAAAUCAUGUUUAGAGGUUAAUAGUCAAUGACAAUAGGCAAUCAGUACGCAUACAUAUGCAUAUUAUUUAACAUACCCAUUUUUAAUCAAUAAAAAUAUGUUCAGAAUAUUUUAUUAAUUGCAUAUAUAUGUUUGUGACAGGGAUCAUAUCAUUUGGUGCAUCACAUAAUUGUUACAUUCUUUUUUGGUCAGGUCAAAGCUGAUUUGUAGUCAGCUUGCUUUUCCUUAGAAUUCUUUUUGCUGCAUCUGUCACUUCUAAUUUUAUCUGAAAUUACUCAAAGGUAUAGAAUAAGAGAUUAAUAGUCACUUGUGUAAUACUAGUUUGUCUACUUUCUGAAUCAUUUUAUCCAGGGGUAAAACUUAUAAUUGGGGCUAUUUAAUGUACUUCUGUCCAUGCCAAGAACCAUUGAAACCAAUAUCAAUUUACAGGGGUCAUUUUACAACUUAAAAGGGCUCUUUUUUGUUGGGGGAGGUAGGGGGGGGACUAAUGUGAUAUUACUAAUUAGUUGACAUGAAUUUGGUUUGUUGAUUGACUCAAUUAUUUAUUUGGCCAGUUGUCAAGUUGCCAGUUGAUCAAAUAUGGUCAAUUGUCUUGCUUUGCUAGAAACUUGUAAGUCAUAUUUAUUUCCGAUAGAGCUUAACUGCAAUUUUUGUUGGUAAAUCAGAUUCUCAGUCAGUUUGAUUCCCAUCAACUAGUUGAAAUUCAAUCGUCGUAGAUUCAAAUGAUUAUUUCAGACAUGCUGAAAAAUUCAUGUUUUCAAAAUUUGAAGAGGUUCAGAAGAAAUGCAAUGACAUCAUUUAAACAGGAUAACAGAAUUUGAAUUGCAAUUGAAAUUAGCAAUUGAUGACAAAACAAUAAGUGUGUAUGGGAAGAAAUGGGCAUGUCCUUGGGCAUCUUACUAAGUCAAAGCCUCUUCGUUCUGGUAGGAAUUUCACAAAUAUCUAUUUAUUACUAAUCCUCACAUUCAUUACAGACAAAACAAAGGAGAAUUUGGGCAAAGCUGCAGUGAAUGAUGGGCAAAAUUUGUUCUAAGGUGCUCUUAACAUAAAAUUCUUUAAAAGACCUAGACCGGAGCUAAAAGUGCAAUCGACAAAUUGGAAAUAUGUAAGCUACAUAGUACAACAGUGUAAGUUUAGCUGCUUGACAGCUGAGUAUUUUUCCUAAGAAAAAAUAGAAUAAACAGGUUUUUUGGAGGAUUUGGACAAAAGGCUUUCCAUUGCCUUUCUCUGGCCUCAAGACCUGUGGCCUCAUGUGUUAAGGCGACCGCACACCUUAUGAUUGGUCUGCGACCUGAUUUUAGAAUAAAUUGUAGUAGAAUUUGAUGCUAAAAUUGAGACUUGGAAUAUCUCACUGUGUAAUGUUCUUAAUCAUCGUACGAAUACCUAUGUUCAAAUCUGUGACUAUGCUAUCAUCCUUCAUAGAAUAAAAGCGAUUUUAAUAUCUAGUCGUAAUGACGUCAUAGCAGUCUAAUGAUUGGCUAUGAUUUUAAACUAAUUUGGCCUUUACUCCAAAAUAAAGGCUUGUAAUCUUUCAGAAUGGUUAUAUUAGUAUUCUUUUUCUUAGCUCUUAUCGGGCCUAAAUUGCCAAGUCAGGAAAGCUUGUUACACAUAAUUUGAAAGCUGUGCCAAAUAAGCAGGAAAUGAAAUAUGGUGAAAACUAGUCAAAGCUGUAGAUAUCACCAAUUUAAGCUUGCAGAAAGAGAUACUUGUAAUAUCUCUAUGUGACAGAAGUAAAGAAAAUAAAACACGUAUUCUGAAAGGGGGAAAACUCACCUGCUUUUUCUGUGUACAACUCUAAGGAAUUACUCUGCUUUUAAAACAAGAUGUCACGGUCUCAAGACCAGUGAAAGCAUUUACAAGAAAGUUUGUUUUCGAAGCCAGAUUAUUGGCG